UUCAUAGAUGUAACUUGACUCGAACUUGACUUGAAGCCGUCUUGAAAAGACGCCAUCGCGUUUCAUAAAUCCUCCUUGACUUGAAACGCGAACUUGAAGCGAUCUUGACUUGAUCCAAAUCUUCAAAAUUUCAAGACAGCGUUGUACCUGUCUUGAACGUGACUUGAGCUUGACUUGGGCGAGUUUUCCAAGAUGUCGGCUUCCGACGUCGCUCGGAGAAUCGCGGCGUUCGAGUUUGCCUCCCGCGCCUCUGACCUCAUCUUCGGCAACGUGUACGCGUUACCGAGAGUCCCGCGGCCAUCGGUUCGAGACCGCGAAAACCCAAUGGAGAGGUACAACGACGGGCAGUUCCUCGCGCGGUACCGCUUCACGAAGGGAACCGUGCGGGAGCUGCUCGCCACGCUACCUCUUCAAGCGAGCGCUGACAACAGGGGUCUGCCGCUGCCCCCAAUGCUGCAACUCCUGGUGACCCUGCGGUUCUACGGUGCCGGGGCGUUUCAGAUUGUCACGGGGGACCUCGUCAACGUGUCCCAGCCGACAGUCUGCCGCACGGUCGGAGUCGUGACGCGCCUGAUCGCACGGCAUCUGUUCAAAGAACUCGUGCAUUUUCCGGACGCUUCCCAAUUAAACACUGUGAUGCGCGAAUUCUUCGAGAUCGCCGGAUUCCCCGGCGUUACGGGCUGCAUUGACUGUACCCACGUGCGAAUUAACAGCCCCGGCGGUGACGACGCGGAAGUAUACCGCAACCGCAAAGGAGUGUUCUCCAUCAAUGUCCAGGCUGUCACCGGUCCGCAGCUUCAGUUUUUUGAUGUCGUGGCAAGCUGGCCCGGGUCUGUCCACGACAGCCGCAUCUUUGACAAUUCGAGGCUGCGGGUCAUGUACGAGGAGCACCGACUGCCCGGGCAUCUGCUGGGAGACAUGGGCUAUGCAUGCUUCCGCUUUCUAAUGACUCCCCUUGCACAGCCCGUUAGAGCAGACACACCACGGGGCAGGUACAACAAGGCCCACAUAAAAACGCGAAACACUGUCGAAAGGGCGUUUGGAGUUUGGAAGCGGCGCUUCCCUUGCUUGGAUAUGCGGCUCCAGCAUAAGCCUGGUCGCUCUGCCAGCAUUGUGACGGCCUGUGCUGCCCUGCACAACCUGGCAUGCCUGAGGAGGGAGCCGCAGCCUCCACCGCCUCCACCUCCACCAGUCAGGCGCAGGGUCCGCAACAACAGGAGGAGGGCCAGGCGACCGGUACACCUGCCCCCCGUUGAUGCCGUGGAGGACACCCUGACGGGCAUCCAGACUCGAGAGAUCAUCAUUGAGAAAAACUUCACUUAUUAGAGGCUGUUGUCAUGGUGCCACUGCAGCAGGCAGAGAUGGAGGGCAUGCUCCUGCCCUGAGAGAGCCAACCUUCUUCCCCUGGCGACUUUUCUAGGGACACCAUUAACCAUUUGGCCUUUGGGUGGCCUGGUCACAAUCGCUGCCAACCACCACGGCUACCUACCUACAUUCCUGCCACAGCUUGCACAAGUUCCAGCUCCAUCAUUGCUGCAGCAAAGCAACAACAUCAGACUGAGCUGUGUUGGUGCCACUGUGCCGCAAAACAUAUGUAUCCAUUGAAGGAGCACUGCAAUAAAAAUUAAAAUGUAUCUAUUUCA